CUCGCGACGGCAGAUGCACGAAGGUCAGGACGUGUUUUAAAAAUAAGGCCGUAGGCACUGUGUGGCAUUACAUUAUUAUUGUAUUGGUGGUAUGGCAGCAGUGGACGUUUAAGGGUCGUGUGGCGUUGUUGUAAUGGCAAAAAGUUUGCAAAAGGGUCGGGAUUGGAGAUAGACAAGAUGGACCAGCAGUAUUGCCUACGGUGGAACAAUCAUCCAGCGAAUUUAACGGACGUAUUAAGUUCUCUGUUGGCUCGAGAAGCUCUAUGUGAUGUUACAUUAGCGUGUGUUGGUGAAACGUUCAAGGCACAUCAGACAAUACUUUCGGCAUGUAGCCCGUACUUUGAAAAUAUAUUCCUGCAAAACACCCAUCCGCACCCGAUAAUAUUCCUCAAGGAUGUCAAUGACACGGAGAUGAAAGCCCUUUUGCAUUUUAUGUACAAGGGCGAAGUUAAUGUUAGUCAGCAUCUGCUGCCCAUGUUCCUAAAAACGGCAGAGGCGUUACAAAUACGUGGACUCACUGAUAAUAGUGUAAAUAAUAAGAACAACGACGACAAAAGCUCGUCCCCAGAGCCCGACCAAACGCAGACAAGCGCUAGGCAUGCCGACUCACCUAACCUACAACCACAUCCUGAGAAGAGGAAAAGAAAAGUAUCAGGAACUAAUUAUGAUGUCUCGAUGACUGGUGGACCUCCUAGUGAACGUUUCUUAUCUGAUUCUCAGGCAUCGUCUCAAUGUAGUUACAAAUCAAGUCCUACAGUGAUUCCAAAGUCAAACAAUACACUGGGCGGUGAUUUAGAAGAUGGAGGCCGAGCAAUAUCACCGUCAUCUCAGGCGCAAACAACAAUCAAGCAGGAGCUCGAUCACCACAUGCCUGACUUCCACGACAACAUUUCUCUACCCGGUCAUCCAGUUGGAAUGCUAGGCGAAGACGGAGGACCAACCGCGGGGGCACUUAGCGAUGGUGUACCUGGUAUGGAAACUUCUGAGCACCAUAAUCCCCCGGAAAUGCUCGACGGACUUGAUGGACCACCAGCGAAAAAAGAAAAGGACAUUAAGUAUGACCUUCACAGUAAAUUAGAGACGCAGCUCGGUACGGAAAGUUGUAGGUUAUGCGGUAAGAGUGUUGCGAACAUAAAAAAGCACAUGAAGUCCCAUUUUCCUGACAAAUAUCAGUGUCAGAUUUGUAUGAUUUCAUUGACGAGGUCCGACAAUCUCAAAAGGCAUAUCAAACUUAAGCAUGGGAUCCGCGAGGGCUCCAUGAUUUCCCCGUUUAUGCGCAUGGAGGCUAAACAUUUUCUCGCAAAAUCCACCGACGAGUCAUAUCUCACUUAGUUCCAGUAAUUAAUAAACAACACAUUCCGUAUUCAUUUUUAUUUAUUUAUUUAUUAAAUUAUAAUGUUGAUACUUUAUCCCAAUCAUUUCAAAAAACAAGACAUUAGACUCAGGAAAUAAAAAUAAAAUUAUUUCUUUUUAUUUAUUUAUCGUAGUCUGAUCGUUAUCGUGACAAG